AUGGAGGGAAGGUUAUUGACGGUGUUGGUCUGCCUCGUCUCUACGGUGGCCAUUGUGAACGCCGGGGAUCCUUACUUCUUCUAUACAUGGAACGUGACUUAUGGAACAGCCUCACCUCUCGGUGUUCCUCAAAAGGUGAUUCUUAUCAACGGUCAAUUUCCUGGUCCUAACCUAAACUCAACCUCUAACAACAACGUCGUCAUCAAUGUCUUCAACAACCUCGACGAGCCUUUCCUCCUGACCUGGAGUGGGCUCCAGCACAGGAAGAACUGCUGGCAAGAUGGUGUGGCUGGGACUUCAUGCCCAAUCCCAGCAGGACAGAACUUCACUUACCAUUUCCAACCAAAGGACCAGAUCGGCUCCUAUUUCUAUUACCCGACCACUUCUCUCCACCGCUUUGCUGGUGGGUUUGGUGGUCUCCGUGUCAACAGUCGCCUCCUUAUUCCCGUUCCUUACGCUGACCCCGAGGAUGACUACACUGUCCUUAUCAAUGACUGGUACACAAGUGGCCACACCGCUCUCAAGAACUUCCUUGACAGUGGACGCACCCUUGGAUUGCCUAACGGUGUUUUGAUCAAUGGAAAGUCUGGAAAGGUUGGUGGAAACAACGAGCCUUUGUUCACAAUGAAGCCAGGAAAGACAUACAAGUACAGGCUAUGCAAUGUUGGAUUCAAAUCUACUCUCAACUUCAGGAUCCAGAACCACAAGAUGAAGCUUGUGGAGAUGGAAGGCUCUCAUGUUCUUCAGAACGACUAUGACUCACUCGAUGUCCACGUUGGCCAGUGCUUUUCAGUUCUUGUGACUGCUAACCAGGAAGCUAAGGAUUACUACAUGGUUGCAUCAACCAGGUUCCUAAAGAAAGAACUAAGCACGGUUGGUGUGAUCCGGUACGCAGGAAGCAACGUCCAAGCCUCAGCAGAGCUCCCCAAGACUCCUGUUGGUUGGGCUUGGUCUUUGAACCAGUUCAGAUCUUUCAGAUGGAACCUCACUGCUAGUGCUGCAAGGCCUAACCCGCAGGGAUCAUACCACUAUGGAAAGAUCAACAUCACCCGUAGCAUCAAGCUUGUCAACACUAAGAGCAUGGUGAACGGUAAAGUCAGGUUUGGGUUCAACGGUGUAUCACACGUUGACAGCGAGACUCCUUUGAAGCUGGCUGAGUACUUCCAGAUGGCAGAUAAAGUGUUCAAGUACGACAUCAUCAAGGACGAGCCUGCAGCUACAAUCACAGCAUUGACUGUGCAGCCUAAUGUGCUUAACAUCACUUUCCGCACCUUUGUAGAGAUCAUAUUCGAGAACCAUGAGAAGAGCAUGGAGUCAUUCCAUUUGGAUGGUUACUCCUUCUUCGCAGUCGCCUCUGAGCCAGGGAGGUGGACACCUGAAAAGAGAAAGAACUACAACUUGCUGGAUGCGGUUAGCAGACACACAGUGCAAGUUUACCCAAAGUCAUGGUCAGCUAUUCUCUUGACAUUCGACAACGCUGGUAUGUGGAACAUCAGGUCGGAGAACUUGGAGAGGAGAUACCUUGGACAACAAUUGUAUGUGAGUGUUCUCUCACCGGAGAAAUCGCUAAGGGACGAGUACAACAUCCCCCUCAACACUAACCUCUGUGGCAUCGUCAAGGGCUUGCCAUUGCCUGCAACCUACACUUAA